AUGGGAUAUGGCAGCGGGCUAAGCUGGAGCGCAAGAAACGCUGGCCCGGGGUUCGCGGCUCAGGCGGGGCUGGAGGAGCUUGGGAGGAGCUGGAGAGGAGCCUGGGAGGAGCGCGGGGAGGAGCGCGCACCUGGGACGCACGUCGGGGAGGGAACCGCGGAAGGACUGUCCCUGCCCGAGCCCUCCCCUCUGCGCGGCCCGCCCCGGGCAGGCCUGGAAGCCGGAAGCAGACGCGGGAGAGGCGACUCGGGACUCAGCCGAGAGGAGGCCCGGGGCGCGCCCUCGCUGCGCCCCCAGCCCGGGCGCGAGCCCUCCGCGAAGGCCGGAGCCAUGGGGGCUCCGCGCCGCCGGCUGCGGGUGUCCCGGGGAUCCCCGCUGGGGCUGUUGCCCCUGCUCCUCCUCCUGCUCCUGCGUGCCCCAGGCCUGGGUCGCGCCUCCCCGAGGCUCUUGGACCACCCGGCGCCGGUGUGCGCCCAGCAGGAGCUGAACUGCACAGUCAAGAACAGUACCUGCCUGGAUGACAGCUGGAUCCAUCCUCGAAACCUGACCCCCUCAUCCCCCAAAAACAUGCAGACCCAGCUGCGCUUUGCCCACACGCAGCAAGGACACCUGCUCCCUGUGGUCCACAUUGAGUGGACGCUGCAGACUGAUGCCAGCGUCCUCUACCUGGAGGGGGCGGAGCUGUCUGUCUUGCAACUGAACACCAACGAGCGUCUGUGUGUCAAGUUUGAAUUUCUGUCCACACUGAGGCACCACCACAAGCGGUGGCGUUUUGCCUUCAGCCACUUCGUGGUGGAACCCGGCCAGGAAUACGAGGUGACCGUCCACCACCUGCCUAAGCCCAUCCCUGAUGGCGACCCAAACCACCAGUCCAGAAACUUCAUGGUGCCCGACUGCGAGGACCCCAGGAUGAAGAUUACCACGCCCUGCGUGAGCUCAGGCAGCCUCUGGGACCCCAGCAUCACCGUGGAUGCCCUUGAGGCCCAUCAGCUGCGGCUGAGCUUCACCCCGUGGAACGAGUCCACCAAUUACCAGAUCCUGCUUAAUAGCUUUCCGCCCGCGGAGAACCAGAGCUGCUUUCAUCACGUCAUGGAUCUGCCCGCGCCCACACAGGAGGCCACCCAGCAGCGCUGCAACGUCACCCUCGCCCUGUCGGAACGUAGCUGGUGCUGCCGCCACCACGUGCAGAUCCAGCCCUUCUUCAGCAGCUGCCUCAACGACUGCCUCCGACACUCAGUGGCCGUGCCCUGCCCAGAGACCCUGCACACCCCAGAGGCCGUGGACGACUACCUGCCCCUGUGGGUGUCUGGGUUCAUCACCAUCCUCUCCAUCCUGCUGGUGGCUUCCGUCAUCCUGCUUGUCCUCUGCAUGACCUGGCAGCUACCAGGGUCCCAUCACGGAAAAUAUGAAAAUGGCACUAAAUGCACAGAUGUCCUGCCCGCCGCCACCAGCCUGAGCCCCCCACCCCUGAAGCCCAGGAAGGUCUGGAUCAUCUACUCGGCUGACCACCCCCUCUAUGUGGACGUGGUCCUAAAGUUCGCCCAGUUCCUGCUCACCGUGUGCGGCACCGGAGUGGCCCUCGACCUGCUGGAGGAGCAGGCCAUCUCGGAGGUGGGGCUCAUGACCUGGGUGGGCCGCCAGAAGCAGGAGGUGGUGGAGAGCAACUCCAAGAUCAUCGUCCUGUGCUCCCGGGGCACCCAGGCCAAGUGGCAGGCCAUCCUUGGCUGGGAGGACACCACCGUCCAGCUUCGCUGUGACCGUGGUAAGCCUGCGGGGGACCUGUUCACAGCGGCCAUGAACAUGAUCCUGCCGGACUUCAAGAGGCCGGCCUGCUUCGGCACCUACAUCAUCUGCUACUUCAGCGACAUCAGCUGCGAGGCCGAUGUCCCCGAGCUCUUCAACAUCACCUCCCGCUAUGCACUCAUGGACAAGUUCGAGGAGGUCUACUUCCGCAUCCAGGACCUGGAGAUGUUUGGGCCAGGCCACAUGCACCGCGUUGGGGUGCUCGCAGCCCAGAACUACCUGCAGAGCCCCAGUGGCCAGCAGCUCCGCGAGGCUGUGCAGCGCUUCCGCCGCUGGCAGACCCGGCGCCCGGACUGGUUCGAGCUUGAGAACCUCCUCUCGGCAGAUGACCAGGACCUCCCGUCCCUGGACGAGGAGGCCUUCGAGGAGCCGCCGCCAGGAGGAGGGAUUGUCCGGCAGGAGCCACUGGUGCGGGAACCCACCUCUGAGGGCCACCUGCUGGUGGAGCUGCUCCUCGCAGGGGAAGGAGGGGGCCCGUUGCGGCUGGAGCCUCAGCCUUGGUCCCAGGAGCAGCCAGCAGCCCAGACGCUGCAGACCAUGGUGGUCCCAGUGGACAGGGCCCCUCCGGCUCAGGCAGUGGAGCCCGUCCCUCGGGCUGUCGGGAGAGGCGCUGCCAGCCGUCUGGACCUGAUGGAGGAAGGCGAGGCCUGCCCACUGCUGGAGGGCCAGGGCCCCCAGCGGAAUAGCGUCCUCUUCCUCCCGGUGCACCCCGAGGACCUGCCCGUCUGCAGCAGCCCCAUGGGGCAGCUCGACAGCCCAAUGCUUCCACUCCUCCAGCAGAGCCCGAGCUGCCAGGACGUGCUCACACCCCCCAGGGAGGAGCAGCGUCGGUCCGUGCAGUCUGACCAGGGCUACAUCUCCAGGAGCUCCCCUCAGCUCCCCGAGGAGGAUGACGAGGACGGGGACGGGGACGGGGAGGAGGAAGGGGGGCAGCCGCUGUCCCCCGAGGGCCUGGAGAGCCUGCGGAGCCUCCAGCUGCUGCUCCUCUUCCAGGAGCUUCGCAAGAACCCUGGCCUGGAGCCCGAGAGGCUGCCAUACGGGGGCCUCCCCAACCCAGGGUGGUGAGCGCGCAUGUCUGCAGGUGUGCACGUGUGUGCAUGUGUGUAUGCUCGUGUGUGAGACGUGCACCUUUAAAAUGCAGCCAUCUUGACUCUGUCCCCUUAACCCUUCUUCCUGUGACCGUCCCCAUAAGAACCCAUAGCCCCUGGCCAGGAGCUAACGGCAGUGUCCUUGAGUGUCCGUCAUUCAUUCCUUCAGCCUUUACUUUGUGCCUGGCAUGGCCCUGACCACCAAGGAGCUGCCUGUGCAGUGAGAGGGAUGGGGGAGCACAGAGGGUGGGGUGCAAGAUGCAGAGGCUGCCAGAGGCCUGCCCGGGGCUGUGAAGUCCCCAGAAGGGGCGCCUGGCCCAGGGAGAAACUCCUGGAGGGAGGCAUGUCUGAGCUGAAGAAAAAGCUGUUUCCUGGGCCGAGGGCUGGAGACGAGUGGGGCAGGGCUGUAACCGAGCUGGCCGUGGAAGGCAAGGCAGUGGGCCCGGCUUGAGGAGGCCUGGGGGCCAGGCUGGGUGGGGACCUCAGCCCAAAGGCCCAGCCUCCUUUACCAUGAGCUGCUGCUGCCUGCAGAGGAAGCUGAGGGCCAGAUGCACCCAGUUGUUUUCGGAAAGAGACCAGAUAGAAGGGAGUGUCAUGACCCCUGAUGGCAUCGGCAGGGCCUGAGCCUACAUGUGGCCUUGGUCAGUGAGAGACCUACCGCUAAGGGUUCUUGCGGGGCUGUGGGCUGGGCCCCUGAGCUGUAGCCCCUGAGUUUGGGAAGCACAGGGAGCCCCAAGUCCCAUCCAUGCUGGGGUCCACCCUGGGACUGAGGGCUCUCUUUGCUUGUACCUGAGUCCUGAACUGUAGCUCCAAGCUCCUGCGAGGAGGAGAGGAUUCUGAAAUUUGAUGAGAUUUGUUGAGAAAUCAGAUACCAGGGUGUACGCACGUGUGUGCGUGAAAGAGCUUAUUGAUAAAAGAAUGAAUAAAUUUGUUAACUCUA